AUGCAAAAUGACCUGAAGCUGGAAAGCUACCGAGGGUCUGCACUCCCGGAUACUGUCAAACGGCUCCCCCCUCCGCCCCCUUUCCCACCCACAGCCAAUUCCUCUCCGAAGAGCUUCUUCUCUGAAGCUCGGGUCGGCAAGCUUUCUAGAGACGAGGAUCUUGACAAUCUAGAAAUGAAGUUGAAUGGCAAAAUGAGAAAGUUGUUCUCUGUGACCUUAAGGUACAGGCCGGAGUUUGCCCCGAAGGCUCCUCGGAGCCCUGCGCGCCCACUCCCGGUCCCCGGCUCUGUGCGCCCUACGGGCCUGGCGCUACUUUCCAAGAACCUGUUCCAGUGCGACUCGGCGUGGGGUCCAGGACGCCCGGGUCUGCCGGAGAGCUGCGGGAACCCGGCGCGGAAGCCACCCGCCCGGCGCGGGGAGAGGCAGGCCAGCUGCGCAGCCGACAGGAACGCGGAGCGAAGCAGAGCCGCCGGGCUGACUGGCCCUGGCCGCCAAUGUGCCUUUGUUUAUGUGGCUCGCGCCGCCGCUGCCAACAUGCACCUAAAGUCUCCGCGCGUCAGCGCGCGUCAGCGGCCGGCCGCCCAAUCGCCGGCGCCGCGCUCCCCGGACUCCUGGCCCGCGCUCGCUUUGGUAUAUUUCCGACCUGACGUCACGACUGGGGCUGAUUUUAAGACAAUGCAUCCCAGCGGCAGGCAACAGGUGCGCCUCCUGCAGAAAGGUGCAGCGAUCCCACCUCUGCCAACUCCAUCCCCGCCGACACUGCUCUGUGCCCAAGUCCUUCCCAUCCCUUCCACGAGUUUUAGGGAAAUUAAUCUACCUUACUCUGAAACACAAGGGCUAUCACACUCGCAACCGAGAAGAGAAGCCUGGAGGGAGUCGGGGCAAGCCGGGUGGAGCCGGGGACGGGUGAGCCAGGUGGCGAGUCUGUGCCCACAGCCUCAGCCCAGGGUCCCCACGGGCUGGGAGAGCGUGCCCCACCCCCGCGCUCCACGGAGUCGCCGUAGCUCCGCUUUGCAAGACAAUCCGCCCGCCAAGCCCAGGCGCGUGGAGCUUUCUAGCAAAGGAAUCGCCGCCGCUCCAGGGGCCUAGCAGUCCUCCCCGCCCCCCACUCCAACCC